AUGAAGCUACAAGUCCUUCUAUCUCUCACCACGCUGGGGGUAUUCGUCACAUUGGGUGCACUUUAUGUGCGAUCCUUCCAGCGCACCGAAAAGUUAAAAAUCAUCAUCUACGAAACUGAUGAGCACAGCACCUCCCUCCAGAUGUUUCUCAACGCAACCGAAAGAGUUGGUAUCGAAACCACGGUAGUCGGCCAAGGAAGUGCUUUCAAUGGCUUUGGAUCCAAAUAUUUGCAACUCAUGGACGCCUUGUCCGAGUUUGAAGGAGAGCCUGAAACUCUCGUUGCUGUGAUUGAUGGCCGAGAUGUCCUCUUGAACGUUGGGGUUCAAGUUGACCAUCAAGAAUUUGAAGAUAGAUUGGAACACUUUGUCGGUGUCUUUGACGAACUCACCGAAGAAAAACCAAAUGCUGUCCUAAUCUCUGCCGAACAGCAGUGCUGUGUUGCUGCGCUGUGUCAUGCUGAUUCUCCUGACUUCUACUUCGACCCAGUCUCUGGAGCUAGAAAGAACCGAGCCUGCUCAUCUGGAGAGAAGGAUUGCUACUGGCAAAACAAUGAGAAUGUCAAAUAUUGGCAAUCUACGAUGGAAGCUGAAGCAUAUGCAAGAAGUGAAUCUGCCGAUGCUAGCCCAUACCUAAACGCUGGGAUGAUGGUCGGCACAGCCGAAAACUUGAUCAACCUUAUUCAACUAAUGGAUAUUGGCGAAGAAGAGGACGAUCAAGCAGUUUUGUCUGCCAUGUACUUGCAAUUUCCUGAUUUGAUUGUUCUUGAUUACGAACAAGAACUUCUUGGAAACAACGCAUGGCCAAAGGGUCUCGAGCAUGGUUGCAUUUAUGAUUUCGAUCCCGACACUCGAAAUGACUCUUUCUUGACAAAUGUCCAAACCAAGACUGUGCCUUUGAUUCUUCACACACCAGGCAAAUUCUACGAAUGCCUGGAUACAUUGAUUGAAAGACUUGGAGGAGUCAAUGAUGCAAGACACAAGGGCGCUAAAUUCGCAACCAAGAGACUACUUCAAUAUGGAAGCAACCAAUAUGGAAACUACCAAUAUGGAAACUAUCAAUAUGGAAACUAUCAAUACGGAUCAAAUGUCUUCAACUACGGUGAGCUUCCAGAGACUGUAUCACCAUCAGAUUCGCAAGUACCUUCCGAUGCACCUUCCAUUGUGCCGUCUGUGGCACCUUCUCCUUCACCCUCUGCCGCACCAACAGUGCUCGCAGUGACCACUGCGAAACCAAUAGAUGGAACUGUGACAAUCGGAACGCCGGGAACGGCAGCACCAACAGAGGCUCCCCAAGCAAGAUCAUCAUCAUUUUGGAGCAUCAUCACAGAUUUUUGGAGCAACCACUAG